AACUUAUGAAAAAUCCAGAGGAUUACCGAAAAAUAGUUGGAAAAUUUGACCUUUCAUUUUCAAUGAAGAAUCACGUUGUAUAAUUUCAUCAAAUUAAAAGAUGACAGAAGAACAAGUUGCAGAAGCUCGUACUAGCAAGCUUGAGGAGCUGCUCAUGCAAGAUGAGCCCGAGUUUGUAAAGAACAAAGAUGUGUGCCAGUCAAGGUGUUUUAUUAAAGGACUUGGAACAAUGUUUGUAGUUGCAACAGCUGUUGGAGUUCGUCAGAAUAUCAAAGAAUUGACAACAAGAAAAAGACUAAAAAAGUAUUACAUUUUACCUUUAAGUAUAGCUGGCUUGGCAGCAUUGGCCGUUACUCAAUAUGAGUACAAUAAAUGUAAAGAAAAAUUCUUCAAAGAUUGGUAUGAUUACCACAAGGCACGCAACUUUACAAGAUUUCCAGAAGGUUCAGACACAGCUGUAUAGCAGGACAUGCAACCAUGGUAACCGUGGCUGAUACGUGUCUUGUUACCUGACGGAUGAAAGGAGGAAUAUAUGAGUGUGAUACAUAUAAACUAUUAUGUGGCAAUCUUCAACAUGGAUAAAAACAUUCUUCUUCUCAUUGUUGAAGGAUCUUCUGUCCAGCUGAAAUUUGUAUACCACAAUCAUGUUAUUUGAAUUAUUUGAACUUUUGUUUUCUUUUUGACUAUAGUUGUCAUAAAAUGGCAGUAACCUAUGGUUUUGGAUACAUGUUAUAAUGUCAUAAAUGAGUGGGCAAAAUCAUAGUAGUUCUUUAUACAGGAUUUUUUUUAUUUCAUCUCUGACAAUAAACUAAUCUAAAGAGUAAACUAGUACAUGCAUACAGUGUAUUGUUUAAUUCUAAUCCAAUUUUACAGCACCAAACAGUAUUUAGAAUUUGAAUUCAAUUUUAAGAGAUGUUCAAUAUUUUUAAGAAGUUGUUAGCUAUUUAUAAUUGGGUUUUUCAUAAGGAAAAAUAAUUUAAAAAACAAAAUGGCCCAGUUUUCAUGUUUGAAAUCAAUAUCUAUUCAAUCAUUGGUAAUUUAUCAAAGAAAUCAGAAUUUUGUGUAUAAUUCACUACAUGUAGAAUACCAUCUGGUUUUUAGAUAGAAAUUUCAUUGUAAUAAAAGUACAGAUGAAAUUUUAAAUCAUAGUUUGAAUUUGUUAGAACGUUUUCUUUAUUUGUAUUUUUUUUAAAUCGUUUAAUUUUCUAAUGAAAAGUGUUAUAGUCAUAGAAGUCUAAGAUUUUUCUGGCCUUUCAAAAUAUGAAUUUAAUUGUCCAAAUGAAAGAAUAUUUUAUAUUCAUUCGUUACUGAAACGUCAAAAUAAAACCAACAUCAAUUUACCAUGGAUAAAAGUUCUUUAAUAGUAUUAUUGACCAAAGUUUCUUCAUUCUGUUGAGUGUCGUUUAAGUCUCUUCUUCAUUUAUUCCAAGGUUAUGAAAAUGACCUUCUGAUUAUUAAUUUCCAUCAUUUUUUGUCAUACUGUGUUUUUUAAGCUGUGAAGUAUGUCUAUAUAACAUCAUGUAGAUAAUUACCAUGGUUACAUCAGAAUGAAUAAUAUUUGUAUUAUUGUGAUAUAUGUAAAAUAAAGAUCUUAAUUUAAAUAUUAAGUUCCUGUUUAAA